CUCGGUAUCCCCAGAGCGCCUCCAUUGCGAGCAGACAGGUCCCUCUACUAUCUUCCCAGCGCGGAUGCUGGGCGCGGUGGUUCCUGCAGGGCAGCCGGACACCAGCUCACUUUUUCCUUUGAGAGCAGCCCCGCGUUAGUCACCCUUCCUGUUCCCCUCCUGGCCCCGCUGCUCUGGGCUCCAGCCCUCGAGGGAGCAGACGCCGAGGGCCACUGGCUUCCUCUACUCAGGAACCACGGAUCAGGAGGAUGUCACCGUCCAGUCGCCUGUGUCUCCUCACUAUCGUCGCCCUCAUUCUGCCCAGCAGAGGGCAGACACCAAAAAAGCCCACCUCCACUUUUACAGAGGACCGGACUUCCGUGACUACUUCUGACUAUGUCCCAGUUUCAGAUCAAACCAGCCCAGGAGUCCGGACCAUCCUUCCCAGGGAAGCUGGCAUAGAAGCCACAGGAAACCAGACAGCAGGCAAAACCAAGACCCAGCAACUGACAGAAACGGCCACCACAAAUCCAGUGACAGAUCCAGGGCCACAUACAAGCAGCAAGAAAGGUACCUCGGAACUCUCCAGGAUCGAGUCUCCCAGCACAACCAAAGGCUGCAUACGUGAAUCCAACAUUGACAAUUCACUGGGUUCAAAUGAGGACAACCCCUUCUACUACGAUGAUACCACCCUCCGGAAACGGGGGCUGCUGGUGGCAGCCGUGCUGUUCAUCACAGGAAUUAUCAUCCUGUCUAGUGGAAAGUGCAGACAGUUGUCUCAAUUAUGCCUGAAUCGCCACAGAAACUACAGAGUGGUCAGCUAAAAGGAUCCUCAAAGGAAGAGGCCACUGGAGGGAGCCAGGCCUAAGUUCUUCCUACCCUGAGGAGAGAGGUCUCCCUAGGCACUGCUGUAACCCUAUCUAUCCUGUUCAGAUAAAUCCAUAUGCUCUCUCUUCCGAG